UUAUACUGUCGGGGGACGUAGUGGAUCAAAGCGCGUCGGUGCGGUCGUCCUUUUAUCCAUGCAAGAAGCACUCUUCACAUUGCCGCAGAUUUCUCGCAUUAUCGAUUCGAGGAUUUAAUCCAAUUCCGUUUCUCUCUCCGUGAUUCUCUUGGAUUAUUCAACGGAUCAUCAACCCCCCGGCAUAUAUAGUUAUGUUUCUCUUCGGUUGAUUUCACUAGACGAGCAUUUCAAGAAAACAUGCUACUACCGACCAACUCGACGUCAGUCGGUUUUCAACAAGAACUUUAUCAUAGUGUUACUGAAAAAACCAAGUUUUUUGCCUCGAAAUGCCUUAACAAGAGUAUUAGUCCUAGUGGUGAUAGAAUGAACGAUUCGUUUCGGGGGAGGUUCAGAUUUUGCGUUUGCACUUUGCCGAGGAAAAAUAACAAAAAGACGACCAAGUGGUAUGUAAAGCAGCCCACAUGGCGACUGUGGGGCGAGGAAAAAUCCGAUGGCGCUCUCUACACCGUCUACCUCAAAAAAGUUCGUUACCAUCGACCCACAAGAAGUUUGUCAUCAUCGCAUUCGGAUUCAGAUGACGAAAUCUCCCAUUUGGAAUGGGAGACGGUCCGUGUGCGCUUUGUCAAAGCUGGCACAUUGAAAAAGCUCGUCGAAGCUCUCUCGACGGACGACGGCGAGCUUGAGACCACAUACAUCAACGUCUUUUUGGCCACCUAUCGGAGCUUUUCGACGCCGCGAGAAGUCCUCAGACUCUUGCUUCAGCGUUACGAAGAGCUUUUAGAUGCGCCACCCAACGGGAAAAUAGAUCAGCAUGAGCAACACCGGAAGACUCUCGUUUCGGCUUUGCACGUCUGGUUGGAUAGUUACCCGGAGGAUUUUAAGGAUCCUCCGAAUUACACCGCACUUAAUCAUUUGCUUCAUUUCUGUGAAGAGUUUCUUCCUGCGACUGAAUUACACGCUAAGGUGCAGCACAGGUUGGAGCGGUACAGCAGGGAGGCUCAAGCCGAUCCUUUGCUGGUGCCGCCUCCAGCGUUUGCUUUGAGGGCGGCGGCGGCCGGAUGGAAGGUCUAUAAACUUCCGGAAGUUCCGGUGCGACAUUUUGCCGAACAGCUCACGAGGAUGGAUGUGAAUCUCUUCAAAAAACUCGUUCCUCACCAGUGCCUGGGCGCAGUGUGGUCCCGCCGCGACAAGAGCCGCUCCCACGAGGCGGCCACCGUGUUGGCGACCGUCAACCAAUUCAACGCCGUCUCCUUUCGCGUCAUAUCGUCAAUUCUAGUCGAACCCGGUCUUAGGGCCACGGACAGGGCACAAAUAGUCUCAUGCUGGAUAGACAUAGCACAAGAACUUCGCCUAAUAAAAAAUUUUUCAAGUCUGAAAGCCAUCAUUUCGGGAUUGCAGAGCAACCCAAUCUAUCGAUUACACCGCACUUGGCAAGCCAUACCCAAGGAGAAAAUCGAGCUUUUCGACGAGCUCGCCAAGAUUUUCAGCGAGGAUAACAACCAGUGGACCCAGAGGGAGUUACUGAUGCGAGAAGGCACGGCAAAGUAUGCCGACACAGUCGGCGAGAAUGAUAAACAACUCCAGAAGAUUUUCCAGAAGCAGAAUCACCACACUGCGAACAUCUCGUUUGGGACGAUUCCGUAUUUAGGGACGUUUUUGACCGACUUGACGAUGAUUGAUACUGCAAUUCCCGAUGUGAUCGGUGAUGGUUUGAUCAACUUUGAUAAAAGACGCAAAGAGUUUGAGGUUUUGGCUCAGAUUAAAUUGCUACAAGGGGCUGCGAAUGCUUAUCAUUUCGAUGCAGAUCCCGCUUUUGACCGAUGGUUCGAUUCAAUUUUGGUAUUGGAUGACAGAGAGGCCUAUCAGCUCAGUUGCCAGAUUGAGCCGGGGAAUAACGCCGGGAAAUCUAAGAAAAAAACCUCGGGUGGUCAUCAGAAAAACGACUCGAUUGCCAGCACGUCGAGUAGUAACAGUUCGCAGUUUUAUUGUGAUAUCGACAGUAUGCCUAGUUCGCCUCAUAACAGCAUCGAUCGCAAAUUGAGUCCGUCGCAAAUGUCGAAUUCGAGCAGUAAUUCGUCGCUUCCCUCAUUAGAUGUUUCAUUGAAUAGUUCGCAUUCGGGGGGUGCUAGUAAUAAGUUGCAAGUUCCUUAUGCCAAUACGGGGGGGACCUUGAGUCCGAGUCAUUCGCAAAAGAGCAGCCCCGAUUUUUAUAUCAUUAAAGUUACUUAUGAAACGGAUAGUGUAGAGACUGACGGAAUCGUCCUGUAUAAGAGUAUUAUGUUGAGUAAUAACGAGAGGACGCCGCAGGUUAUCAGGAAUGCCAUGUACAAAUUGGGAUUGGAGGGGAAUCCCGAUAAAUAUACCUUGGCUCAAGUUUUGCCCGACAAAGAGAUGGUUCUCCCGUCGAACGCCAAUGUCUACUACGCCGUGAAUCCCUCCUACAACUUGAAUUUCAUUCUGCGUCCGAAGAAAUCAGAAGAGUCUGAUACUAGUAUGAAGAAAGGGAAGUGAAGUUACUACAUAAUAGGUGCAAUUUAAUUUAAUUGAAAUGAGCUGUUUUGACAAAUAACGGAACAAAUAACAACUGUGAUAAAAAGCACAAAUACUCUCUUUUUACAUCACAUUUUACGUUUUUAUUUUUAUUUAUUUAUUGCGAUGAGGAAAAGGAUUUGAAAUGUGCUGAAGUAACCAUAUGGCAUGGAUUGUUUUAUUUAUUUCACUUUUUUUAAUUUAAAGCUUUACUUUUUGUGUAUUUAAUGUAAAUUAAUAAAGGGCUAAGUAUUGUAAAUGUGAACAAAUGUAAUUUAUUGUACUUAUUAAUGUAGAAUGUGUUAAGUAGGACCAACUUUUUCACCUUUAGCCUGACUAAUAAAUAAGCAUUACUAGUGACGUGGCAAAUUUGUUAACUACUCUCUACUGGUACUUAAUUUAGACAAUACCAAUUUCAACAUUUUCAGUAGGAACUUUGUAAUGUACCUAUUUUUGUAAUAAAUAAAAAUAUACGAAAUCUA